AUGGCUCAGUCACUGUCACUGAGCCUCCUUGUCUUGGUUCUGGCCCUCUACAGCCCUGGAAUCCAAGGCAGUGACGGAGGGGCACAGGACUGCUGCCUCAAGUACAGUCAGAGGACCAUUCCCGCCAACAUCGUACGAGGCUACCGGAAGCAGGAGCCAAGCUUGGGUUGCCCCUUCCCGGCGAUCCUGUUUAUACCCCGGAAGCGCUCUCAGCCAGAUCUAUGUGCUGACCCGAAGGAGGACUGGGUACAGCAGCUAAUGCAGCGUCUAGACAAGAGACCAGUCUCAUCGAAAGGCCCUCCGGGCUGUGGGUCUAAGAGUGGCAAGAAAAGAAAGGGUUCCAAAGGCUGCAAAAGGAAUGAGAAGCCCAUGAACCCAAAAGGGCCACAGUCCAGUAAAAAGCCUGAAGCCCAGGAAGUCCCCAAGAGCCUUCCCAAGGCUUAG